GAAGUUGCGAUCGAGGGGGGUGGUGGCAAUCGGUAGCCGAGCAGAUAAACAAGCCGGCAGUCAGACUGGCUGCCCUUCUUGUGUACCGCCCUGUCGUUUGUACCUUCCCAACAUGGUGGCGCCGCACACGUAUCAGACGGCAGCGGCUCGGCCAUCCCGCUCAGCGCCAGCACUCCGCCACUCAGCUGUCAGCUGAAAAUGUUUGCCUUCGCCACCGCCCCCAGUUGGUGCCAAUACCUUUCAUGCAGACUGAGGCACGGAAUAUUAUCGGAUUGUGACCGUAUCAUCACCUUGCUAUCUCUCCUCUGAUGCUACCUCGUCCCCCCAUUUUGUGUUGGCGCCUUUUCACACAGAUUCUGGAUAAACUGUCAUAGAGGGCAGAAAUUGCAUGCAAUGUUAAUUCAAGUAGGUUAAAAGAGUUCACAUACGAAGAAAACAAGAUGGCGCACCGGAUUUUGUGCCUCUACCUUUCACGCAGAACAGCAACAAGGGAAAAAGACCGCCUUGGUUUACAUCACAAUGUGUGUUAACUAAACUAGAAACAAAUGAACUCAUGUAGGAAGAUUAAAAUUUGGGGGCAGGUUUCCCUCGUCCCGUUUUCUUGCAUGGUAAAACGUCGAGCGUGACCGAGGAGGAGGUUGCGGGAGACAGGAUGUGACUCACUGGGGAGAUCAUGUGACUUCCUGCCCACUCAUCCAGCAGGUGGAUGCUCGCCGCGCAUUGCACUUUCGACAUCGCUUCAGCUGUUCAAAUAAAAAAACACGCGUAUGUUUUUGGGGGGUAAAAGUGUUCGUUUGUCAGCUCGUGAAACAAAGAUGGUGGGAAGAGGCUGAACCUUGGAGCGGAACCAUACCGCUGCUGGCUCUUGCCGAUUGUGGGAAACACAACAGGUCCUGUUGUUGUUAUCGAAGGUCCGGGUCCCGCUAAUGGGUUAACGCCGAAGGCGCUGAAAUCUGCUGAAGAUGAGUAGCGGCGGGGGGCACGCCACCCCCGAGCCCACCAGGGGCCCCGAGUCCCUCAAGAGGAAGGACUGCCCCUCAGACGUGCUCGGACCCAGCCCCAAGAGGAGCGCGGAGCGGCGAAACCGCGAACAGGAGAACAAGUACAUCGAGGAGCUGGCCGAGCUGAUCUUCGCCAACAUCAACGACAUGGACGACCUCAACGUCAAGCCCGACAAGUGCGCUAUCCUCAAGGAGACGGUCAAGCAGAUACGGCACAUCAAAGAACACGAAAAAACUCCGGUAGCCGACGCGGACGAGGUGCAGAAGGCUGACGUCUCAUCCAGCUGCGUCAUCGACAAGGACACCCUGGGGCCCAUGAUGCUGGAGGCCCUGGACGGCUUCUUCUUUGUGGUCAACAUGGAAGGCAACGUGGUGUUUGUGUCGGAGAACGUCAGUCAGUAUUUGCUGUACCAGCAGGAGGAGCUGAUCAACACAAGCGUCUACAGCGUCCUGCACGUUGGCGACCAUGCCGAGUUUGUCAAGAACCUGCUGCCCAAAAGCCUCGUCAAUCACCACGGUGGCGACCCAUCGAGCAGGAACAGUCACACGUUUACCUGUCGCAUGCUGGUUAAACCGGCAGCGGCGGCGGCGGCGACCUCGGACGGCGGCGAGGACGCCUGGCAGGUGGCGGACCAUGACCAACAGGAAGCCUCGCAGCAGAAGUACGAAACCAUGCAGUGCUUCGCCGUCUCCGAACCCAAAUCCAUGAGGGAGGAGGGCGAAGAUCUGCAAUCAUGUCUGAUCUGCGUGGCUCGAAGAGUUCCGGUGAAGGAUCGAACGUCCCUGUCGUCGUACAAGAGCUUCACCACGCGGCAGGACCUGCAAGGUAAGAUCACCUCGCUGGACACCAGCCUGCUGCGGGCGUCCAUGAAACUGGGCUGGGAGGACCUGGUGCGGCGCUGCAUCCAGAGGUUCCACCUGCAGAACGAUGGCGACAUCUCCUUCGCCAAGAGACACCAGCAAGACGUGUUGAGGAACGGCCACGCGCUCAGCCCCCUCUACCGCUUCUCGCUAUCCGACGGCACCGUGGUGUCGGCGCACACCAAAAGCAAACUGUUCCGCUCGCCCGCCACCAACGAGCCACAACUGUACCUGUCCCUGCACAUCCUGCAGAGGGAGAAUAUGGGCACCAUCCCUCUGGACGUGCCCACGAGCCUCGCCGUGUCUCAAACCGGCGACUCACCCGACGCCGCCGUCACCGGCAACCACUUUGCAGCUUCUUCGUGCAGCUUCGCGAGCCGAGCCGCCACGCCGCAGGCCACCUGCCACAAACUCGGCAGCCCCUCGGCCCAGGGAAGCCCCAGCGUCACGUCCGGGGGCCAGGGGGCCGUUUUGUCCCCUCGCCGUCACCACAGCCCCGGAAUGGUGGCGAGCAGCAGCAACGGCAGCCCCCACACCCCCCAACAUCAGCCCGGUUCUUUCUCACCUAGCGGCGGCCUCCAUUCGCCAGCGUCCAUCUGUAGCAGCUCCAACAACCGCGGCUUCAACCCACUCGGAGCCUUUCAGGCCCUCAGCCAGGUUCACAGGACUUCCGAGUCCCCCGAUGGACAGUCCACCCUUCGCAGCCCUCUUCCCAGCACCCAGGAGAAAGAUCACCUUAGCUUGGAAGCCGAUUUGCUGGGGACUUUCGGUGAGCAGCAGGACUCGUCCCAAAACCAGGAGGGCGAGCCGCACCAGGGUAAGGACGAGGACCCGGACAUCUCGGAUGAGCCUGACCACCUCCUGAGCGCCAAAGGCCACACGCAGCUUCUGCAGCUUCUCACCACGAAGCUCGAACCCCCGGACCCUUGCUCGUCUCUCGGGGCCCUGGCGGACGAGCAGUUGGCGGGUGUCGGCGCCUGUUUGGGGGCCGCGCACACCAACCACUCGGCCUCGUUGAAGGAGAAACACAAAAUUCUGCACAGGCUGCUUCAGAACAGCAGCUCGCCAGUGGAGUUGGCCAAGCUGACCGCCGAGGCCACGGGGAAGGAGCCCGCCGGGUCCGAGUCGGCGGGCGGCUGCCUUGACGACAGCGCGGCCGCCUUGGCGGAGUUGGGCGUCAAACAGGAGCCGGAGAGCCCAAAGAAGAAGGACAACGUGCUGCUGCGCUACCUGCUGGACCGCGAUGACAACGGCAUCCUGGAAAAAGCCAUCAAGAUGGAGGCCGCUGACGGGACCAAGAUGGCCGUCGUCAAGACUGAGAAACAGGACCCCGCGUUCAACGUUACCGACCAGACCAGCGAGUUGGAGGAUCUUCUGGAUGACCUGCAGGCCGGCGCCCAUCAUCAUCAUCAGCAGCAUCAUCAUCAGCAGCAUCAUCAUCAUCACCACCCCAACCACCAGUCAUUCUCUCGGCAACUGUCCAGAGGAGGUGCUCCCUCCUCUUCCUCCUCGGCGGCGACCACCGGAUUCCCUGCUGACAAGCAGAGUGCCAUCGGAGACAUCCUGCAGUUAAUGGACACCCCCCAUGGGGACCACAGUAGCCCACCACCCCAGCACCCGGCCUUCCCUGCCAUCGGCCCAGCAGGCGGCGCCAGGCCAUGCCAGUCGGCUCGUGGGGCGCCGCCCGGCAGGAGCCUAUCGCAGGAUGGCCUCGCUGGCCGGCCGAUGGCCCCGCAGCACAGGAGCGCCAACAAUGGCAACAACAACAAGCCGUACGCCUUGCUGCAACAGCAAGCCAUGUUGUCCAGCGGGCCAACGGCGGGCUCCCUGCAGCCCGGCUGGGGGCCGGCGGGAUGCCCCCCGACCCCGUCCUUGGCCCAGGGUGUUCGCAUGCUCUCCGACAUCAACGGCGCCGCACCUGCCAGGGGGGCGCCGCCCCGAUCGGUGGUGGGCAUGCAGAUGAUGGCCGGCGAGAUGGAGUUGACAAACCCCGCCUACCCUCAGCAGCACGCUCCGCCCAAUCAGACGGCCCCGUGGCCUGACAGGAUGAUGAUGGACCAUUAUGGAAGCCAAAACAGGUCGCCGUACGGGGUCCCCCCGGAUGACGGGCCGGGCUGCUGCGGGGCGGCGCCCGAGGGCCCCGCGGACGAGGGGGCACUCCUCAACCAGCUAUGCUCCGUCCUCAAGGACUACGAGGGCCUAGAGGAGCUCGACAAGAUGCUCGGCAUCCCCAUGCUGGCCGGACAGGGCGGCGCAUCGGAGCAGGAGCAUCUUUUCGGGCCGUCGGACGCGCUGACGUCUCCCGUCAAGCCCCCCAUGUACGCGGCCCAGCACUACGGGGGCUACGGCGGCCCGCCCCCCGACGCGUCCUUCCUCUGCCCCCCGGUGGGCGCCACCCACAUGGGGCAGCAGAGGACUGGCGGCUACCCCCCGAUGAUGAGGAUGCCCGGGGUGCAGGGUCCCCGGCCGGGCGGCGUUCGACCCGGCGGGGCCAACCCACAGCUGCCCCCGCAGCCCAACAACCUCAGGCUGCAGCUGCAGCACCGCCUGCAGGCACAGCUGAACCGUCAGCCAAUCAUGAACCAGAUGACUGCAGUCUCCAGUAUGAAUCUACCUCUCAGGUCCAACCUUCCUAACCAGGGUUCCUUCAAUGCGCAAAUGUUAGCGCAGCGUCAGCGCGAGUAUCUCAGCAACCACCUGCGGCAACGUCAGCAGCAGCAGCAGCAACACCAUCAACACCAGCAUGGAGCCAUGAUGGCGGUCAACAUCCCUCCCAACAUGGCCACGGCGGCGGGGGGCGCCUCCAUGAGCGGGCCCAACUCUCGUCUGCCACAAAGCGCCGCGCAACACUUCCCCUACGCCGCGCCCAACUAUGGAGGCAUGAGCCGGCAUCAUCCUCAUCCUCAUCAUCAUCACCAUCAUCAUCAAGACUCGGCGUCCGUGUUGGCUUGUUCUUCCGGGACGCCGCCCGGCGCCGUGUUGUCGCCCAGGAUGUCGGUGGCCCACGGCCAAAUGCAGGGAGGGGCGGCGCCCGCCUACCCCGCCGCCGGCACCGGGGGUGCCGACCUCAACGGAUGGAUGCAGACGCCCAACAACGUCUACCAGCAACAGGCUCCAUUCUCCAGCAGCAGUGGCACCGCCUUGUACAGCAACAACAACAACAACAACAAUAACAAUAACAACAUGAACAUGAGCAUGAGCAGCAGAGGAGCAAAUAUGUCGGCACACCUCAGCGGCAUGCACCAGGAACAGGCGGGUGACGGGAGUCUGAUUCUCGAUCAGCUGGCGGGAAUGGACAUGCUCACACCAGAAGGAGACUUAAAUAACUCUAACUUCUGCUGACACAGUUGGCCUGGAAAGCUUCUGAUUCAUGUCAACUCUCUUCUUUGUUCCCCCCCAAAUAAAAAAAAAAAAAAAUCCUUUUGGGGACGACUGGAAGGAAAUCUACUCAAAUCAGCCUCCUCCUAUUUCAAGGCCUUGGAGGUCCAGGAUGACCACUGGUAUGCAUUUUGAUGCCACCUACUGACGCCCAGAUGCAACUGCAACAACAUUGUGACUUCCUACUCUUGGAAGCAAAACGUUUGUGUUCCUCGCUAAACUUUUCCACUUGAAAGCCUGACUGAAGCUGUCAUCACACACUGAGGAGUAUUUUCUACAAAUUUCUUUAAAGAUGAAAGUUGAUCUUUCUUGUUUCAAAUUGUACAUUUCUUUUAAGUCAGCCAACACAUGAUUCAACCUCAACUGUUAACUACCGUUGGGGGAAGGGGGGCGGGGCGUGGGGGUUCGCAAAUGUUUACGUUGCCCUAAGCAGGUGUUUUGGUGGUUUAUGCCUCUGCUAAAAAAAACAUUUGUUGGAUAAUUAUUGGAUUUAUUUAUAUACUUUGACUGUACCCGUUUUCUUAAUUGUUUGACACCAAAUAUGAAGCUAAUGUCAUAGUAUUCACCAGCCUUAACCGUCUUAGAUGCUAAUGUUAGCAUAGAUUGAAUUAGCAUUUUCAAGCUGCUCAAAGAGAUGAAAAGAACAUUUAAAUCAAUACACGCUGGAAAACAAAACGAAACAUUGAAACAACCAGGAGUCUUAAAAUGACGCAAAAAUAUAUAUUUUUUAACCAUUUCAGCUCACUGGCUAUGUAGCAAGCCAACGCUAAUCUUUCGGCGAUGUUUUAGUCUUAGCGUUAGCCUACUGUUGUCAAUGACUCCAUUCGGUUGCUUUGUGUAAAGUGGCAUGAUUAUUUCCUGCUAAAGAAUCAAAGUAAUUGAAUUCUACAAAACAGGAACGUUUGAGAAUUGUCAAAAUGUGGUACAAGUUGACUUUUGAACAAAUAUUUCUGCCCUGGAAUUUUCCCACUCGAACUCUCAGUCGUUGAGUUGUGUUUCAGUUUGCUUGACACAAAGCAGGGCACAAAUGAUUGCAGAUCAACAAUUGAAAUAAUUUGGAAUCCUAGCGGAAUGUUUGAGAGUUGACAAAAUGUGUUCCAAGUCAACUUUUUGCCAAUAUUUUUCACCGUCACCUUCUAUGCAUGGUCCUAGAAUAAUUUAGCUUAUACUUGAAUGAAGACACACUGAAAUGAACCAUGGUGAAUGUUGGACAUGAUGUGUGUUUUUUUUUUUUUUUUUUUUUUUGUGGUCAUUUAAGCCCAAAGACGUGAUGAGCAGAAGCCAUUCAAAUAUCCCGAAUGUCACUUUUUGCCCUCUCUAUGGCUGACAUAGUCAUAUAUUAAUACAUAGCGUAUAUUACACACUUUUCUUACUUGAUAGACUGCUAUUUUUCUGGCCAUGUUUUCCAUGCAAUUACCUUUCUUGAUACAAAAAAAAUGCCUUAGAAGUUCCAUUCAAUGUGUUGUGUUUUGUUUUACGAGACAUUUAUGGAUGUUUUACUGCUCAAUACAUACAUUUUAAAUCAUGAAUGUAAAUUCCAAGAUGGAAUCUUAGAUUAUACUUCAAAAAUGUUCUUUCUUCUUUGGUUUGUGCAGCAAAAAGGCAUUUAGUGUGCUGCUGACGAGCUUUAAAAGAUCAUCAUAAUAAUCAUAAAAAUAAUAAUAUAUGAAUCCUCCAUGUUGUCAGAAAGUUGAAUGAAGCAAAGACGAUGCAAAACGCUGC